AUGUGGCAGUUGUUCUUUGCGGCGCUUCGAGAAGCGGCCCCGGGGCUGGGAUUCAAAGAGCUAAAGUCCUGGUCGAUUGAAAAUGCCGGCGGCGGUUCCACCAGCUGCCUGGCUCUCCAAGCCCCUGAGGGGGGCUCCCUGGAGGGUGCUGAGGAGGCGGUGACGCAGGUUUUGGACCAGCACUUCAGCACUGAGGCGCCACUCCUCACACCCAGGCGGCGGGCGGCGCUGCUCGAGCGCUGGGGCGACCCGGAGAUCCGCCGUGGGCCGGCAGAAGUGCACACCUUGCUCUUCCCCUCAGCGGCAGAGCAGGCGGAGUAUCCCCUGGAGCUCUUUUUGGAAGAUUUGGCUGUGGGCCGGCCUUCUGCAGCAGAGGUGACCCUCUCACUGGCCGAUGCUGAGGAGUUCCUUCGACAGAACCAAUAG